AGACAAGCACGUCGUGCAACCGCGUCGUUGCUGUCCUCCGAUGGCCUGUGACGUGCGCUGGGGCGACUUGUCGCCCAGUUGGGGCCGAGGAGGACAUGGCGGCCAUGUGACCUUCGCCGUCUCCACGAAGAGUGAGAAGAGCGUGAAGAGCGAGGAGGAGCAAUCACCCAAGACACGCUCUGAGUGCUGGGAAGCCUUUCAAGUGCAAGUACGCUUAGCUCAGGCAACCCAGUGCUUUGUGUUUUCCCACCGGCGUUUGGAUGGUGUGGCAUCGAGUGCUUUGACCAAGUACUUGCAAGAGGACUGUGAAGCACGUUUCCUCGACUUGUCCUUCCUGAAGCGAUGGCAGAAGGUGGACAGCUCAGCAGCAGAGGCCUUGGAGCAAGGCCUCCGCAGUGUGCGAUCGGUCUCCUUAGAUGGCAAUGCCAUCAACGUGGAGCGCUGGUGCCGAGCGCUUCAGGCUCAUCCAGGGCUUCAGCACAUGUCACUGCAAGAGACACAGCUGGACGACGAAGCAGCUGCACAACUGGCCGAGGUCUUGAGGAGCCAAAGUUUGCUCUUCUCCCUGGAUCUCAGCUGCAACGAGAUCACCGACUGUGGUGCGGCGCUGUUGGUGGAUGCCUUGGAGGACAACGAGGUGAUCUUGGAGCUGAAGAUCGAAGGCACCGAGACCAGCGAAGAGAUGCGCUACGCCUUGCAGCGGCGCUUGGAGUGGAACCGGAGCAAGUACCGCGGGGCGCGGCCCAUUGAGGAGCUCUUGCGGGGCCUCCGGAAGGCACAGGCGGAAGCGGUCACCAGCCAGGUGCAGAUGUCUCACAACCUGGCGGACAUCGAAAGCCAAGCGCCGAGUGGGGCGACCAGCCGAGUCACAAGUCCACGACCAGGCACCGAACGCGAGCCGCGCACGCCCGUGACGCCGGCGGCGGGGAACUUGUCCAGAGGCGAAGGCAUCUUUUGCGCUCCCGAGAUGGAGGAGGAGGAAGAGGCUGAGCCAACACCGGAGCAACAGAUGGCAGACUUGGUCUGGUUCGAUGCUGGUGACGGCCGGCAGCUUCUGGCGGAGUUGAACCUCCGCUGCGAGGCAGGCUGGCGCUACAGCGCCGCCGACCAGGAGGAGAUGGUGGCUUUCCGAGAGAUGAUCAAGGAGCUGCAGGCACUCCGUGUGCGCGAGCGGCGCCGCCACGAGGAGGCCGAUCGGCGCCUGGCCGCGGCGGCGCAGCGCUUCAAUGCGUUGGCAUCUCCGUGGGAGACACGCAUCUUCGAGAUCAAGCAACAGAUCGAAGACCUGGGUGCAGAGGUCAAGGUUUGCUACGAGCAGAAGAUGACGAAGCAGGCGGAGCUGGAAAGCGUUCAGAAGGAGUUGGAUGUGGAGCAGGAAGAGCUGGCGGAGACGAAGCUGGGCUUUCAGCGGGUGAAUAGCGCCCUGAAACUGAGGCACCAGGAAAUCGCAGAGAAGGUGCAGGCCAUGCGCCGGGAGCAGAAUCUCGUCGAGGGUGCCAUCGAAGCGCUCUUGGCCGACAACGAGAGGUGCCGGCGAUGCCUCCACGCCAUCCGUUUCGAGACGGAGACGGAACGCUUCGUGCCUCAUGCCACAUUGGAACGCCUUCAGCAAGAUCCUGUGGUGAACAGCAAGUGAAGUGUUUUCAGCAAAUAUGAUGGGAACGCAAUCAGCAUCUUCAAUCACAUGGG